UCCUUCUCUUUCCUUCUUCUUUCCCACCUCCUCCUCCUCUUUCAUUCCCCCACAUCUCACUUUAUAUAUACGCAUUCUACCUUUGUACUCACAUCACCCUUAAAAUUAAGAAGAAGAAGAAGAAGAGCAACCCAAACUCUCUUCUUCUUCUUCUGCAUCUUAAUCAUCUCACACCUUUACUUUUUUCUUUUCCUUUCUUUUAUAACUAUCAAAACUUAAUCUCAUGGCUCGCUCUCUCCUCCUCAAGAACCUCUUCACCACCUUCUCCAGGAGAGGAUACUCAGGGAUGGCAAGUGAAGUAGAGAGGAAAGGGAAGGUGAUGGAGGAGAAGGUGGUGAUGAUGAAUAGAGAAGGAAGUGGUGGAGUUGGAGGUGGAGGGGCGGUGGAGGAGAGUUGGGUGCCGGAUCCGGUGACUGGGUUUUACCGGCCGGCGAAUAGGUUGGUGGAGAUGGAUGCUGCUGAGCUCCGUCAGAUGCUUCUUUCUCAUAAGUACUCUUCUCGUGUCUAAAUUUAAUUAGUACUAAUACUAAUAUUAUUAUUAUUAUUAUUAAAUAAUUAGAGUGAUUUAUUAGAGGGUGUGUGAGAGAGAGAGAGAGAGAGAUCUAUGUUAUCAGUUAAUCCAGUGUCUUGUUUGGAUUAAUUAAUUAUGAUUUUAAGUAUGUUUUACUUUGUUUGUCUUUUACUAA